CCGCUCCGCCGCUGCCCCGGAGCCCCGGUGCUUUGUCUCUGCGCGCUGCCCCCCGCGACUCUGUCCCCGGCCCUUUGUUUCGCCGCCUUCGGCGCUCCGUGGGAGCCGCUGCGCGCCCCGCAUCCCGUCUGCAUCUCCUCGCCACUGUCCUUCCUCCCGUGCCCCUUUGUUGUGUGCCUCUCCUCCGUAGCCGGGUGACCUGCCACAGCCCAGGCACCAGAUCCCUGCCUUUCUCUUUCUCCCAUUGUCUUUCUCCUGUGUAUCCCUCUCACCUUUUUCUGUUUGGUCCUUAGUCACCCCCAGAGGCUUUGUCUCCCCUAUCUAGCGGCUCCAUCGCCUAGCGUCCCCUUCCUCUCGCGUCACUGCUUGCUUGAUUUAUCCACUGCCCACUGUGUCUGUUGAACUGUCUCAGCCCGGGGGACUCCAUCUGGUGCUUCUUUCUAAGUGUGCACAGACUCUAUGGUUUGCUUUUGUUGUUUGAGUCUGGUUAGAUGCUUGGGGGGGGAUACUUAAGUUUGCGCCUCCGCGCCCCUCAUUUCCUUCGCACCCCUUUCUCUCAGGAUCACCCCAACACCAACACUAUCACCACCCCCGCUGCCCCCCACUCCCCCAGUUGUUCUCCUGGAUUAAAGCGACUCCAGUUUUCUUUGCCAUCUUUCUGGGCCCGUGAUUGUUUUGCUUGGUAACAGUAGCGCUGGAAAAAGAGCAAGAUCUUGAUAGCUGUUGCCCUCCAUCAUUGGCUUCCGACGGCCCGGGCCAAGGGCAUCCGCAGUAGCGUUGCACCAGGGUUACCCGAGGAUUGAUGGAGGUUAUAUUGUAGACGCAAAGUUAUUGAAAUUAUGAGACUAUCAAUUCAAAUGGAUGCAUUAUAGUUCUUCGGAACCAUUAUGAUCUCAAAAGCAAAGGAGAAUGAGAUACACGGGCUGAGGUGUUGUGAGGUGCUUCGAAGUGUUCCAGUGUGACUUACCUUAACAUGUUCUUGAAGUACUAUGGCGUGGAUUAAAAGGAAGUUUGGUGAGCGGCCUCCACCUAAACGACUCACUAGGGAAGCUAUGCGAAAUUAUUUAAAAGAACGAGGGGAUCAAACAGUACUCAUUCUUCAUGCAAAAGUUGCACAGAAGUCGUAUGGAAAUGAAAAACGAUUUUUUUGCCCUCCUCCUUGUGUAUAUCUUAUGGGCAGUGGUUGGAAGAAAAAAAAAGAACAAAUGGAACGAGAUGGUUGUUCGGAACAAGAGUCUCAACCCUGUGCAUUUAUUGGAAUAGGAAAUAGUGAUCAAGAAAUGCAACAGCUGAACUUGGAAGGGAAGAACUACUGUACAGCCAAAACAUUGUACAUAUCUGAUUCAGACAAGCGAAAGCACUUCAUGUUGUCUGUAAAGAUGUUCUAUGGCAACAGCGAUGAUAUUGGCGUGUUCCUCAGCAAGCGGAUAAAAGUUAUCUCCAAACCUUCCAAAAAGAAGCAGUCAUUGAAAAAUGCUGACUUGUGCAUUGCCUCAGGAACAAAGGUGGCUUUGUUUAAUCGACUUCGAUCCCAGACAGUUAGUACGAGAUACCUGCAUGUAGAAGGAGGAAAUUUCCACGCUAGUUCACAACAAUGGGGAGCAUUUUAUAUUCAUCUCUUGGAUGAUGAUGAAUCAGAAGGAGAGGAAUUCACAGUUCGAGAUGGUUACAUCCACUAUGGACAGACUGUUAAACUUGUUUGCUCAGUUACUGGCAUGGCACUCCCAAGAUUGAUAAUUAGGAAAGUUGAUAAGCAGACAGCAUUACUGGAUGCAGACGACCCUGUAUCACAACUCCACAAAUGUGCAUUUUACCUAAAGGAUACAGAAAGAAUGUACUUGUGCCUUUCUCAAGAAAGAAUAAUCCAAUUUCAGGCCACUCCAUGUCCGAAAGAACCAAAUAAAGAAAUGAUAAAUGAUGGAGCUUCCUGGACAAUCAUUAGCACAGAUAAGGCAGAGUAUACAUUCUAUGAGGGAAUGGGCCCUGUCCUUGCCCCAGUCACUCCUGUGCCUGUCGUAGAAAGCCUUCAGUUGAAUGGCGGCGGGGAUGUAGCGAUGCUUGAACUUACAGGACAGAAUUUUACUCCAAAUUUACGAGUAUGGUUUGGGGAUGUGGAAGCGGAAACAAUGUACAGAUGUGGAGAGAGCAUGCUCUGUGUGGUCCCAGACAUUUCUGCAUUCCGAGAAGGCUGGAGAUGGGUCCGGCAGCCAGUCCAGGUUCCAGUAACUUUGGUCCGAAAUGAUGGAAUCAUUUAUUCCACCAGCCUUACCUUUACCUACACACCAGAACCAGGGCCGAGGCCACACUGCAGCGCAGCAGGAGCAAUCCUCAGAGCCAACUCAAGCCAAGUGCCCAGCAACGAAUCAAACACAAACAGCGAGGGAAGUUACACAAACGCCAGCACAAAUUCUACCAGUGUCACAUCAUCCACAGCAACUGUGGUGUCCUAACUACCGUCUUUUUGCUAGGACUUAAACUGACUUGAAUGCGGCAAAAAGUUGACAAAAAAGGAAAAAAAAAGGCAAGGAUAAAAUGAACAAUCUUUUGUGGUUUCUUGGGAAAACUUUUCAUACCAGGUGAUCUAUUCAGAACCCCAUUACCUGCAAGUGCUGAUGUGAAACACAGAAGCCGCAGUAAAACGAAAAACAUCCAAAUGUACAAACCGUUGGAAAUCAAGGUUUUCAGCUGUCUGUCUCCCUCACUCACACCCCUUUCUGGUUGGCUUUUGUUUGGUGUUGAUUAAAUGGUCAAGAAGUAGAUAUGUGGCUGGAGUACAGGUUAAACUAGAAGACACAAAUCUAACCUAGUUUGUAUGGACCAAGGGACUUGCGAAAGUAAGCUUUAGGAAAAGGUACAUUUUCACCCUGCCUAUUUUGUAUCACAGUAUGUAGUACACCUUGUUACCAGUAGGUUGCACUCUCCACCCCUUUUGAGCUUUGGCUCUGAAGUACAUUCAGGUUCAAGCCUGACCAUGCUUGUUCAAUCUGAGUACUGAACACUUCCAGGUUCUUUUGGUCUAAGGCUGGAACUUUUUUUUAAGCUGAAGUCUUAUGACUUUUUCAUAAGUUGGAAUUAUUUUGAUUUCAGCAAGUCAAGUUUUGUAAAGGCCUGCAUAUUUUUUUUAAGAUUAUAUGAAGUCUGUGCAAAAGCUUUAAAAAAAUGCCUCUGCCUUGCCUGCAAUACAUGCAAUGUAUGUUAAUUUAGUCUAUUCUCAGAUACUGUUAGUAGUUAUUUCUGUUUUCUUUUUUUUUUUUUAAUGUAUUUAUAGUGGUAAUCCAAGAGAUUCUAACAUUUACGUGGAGUUCAGUGUGGCCAUUUAGUCAUUUGUGAGUCAAUGGCCCAGAACAUCACCAUUUGAAGGUUUGCGCUUCUUUGCCUGUUCGUCAGUUUGUCUGUGUUCCAGGGUUUGUUCAGGUUUCCUUCCCCCCCAAAUCUUGUACAUAACUUGUAUUAUGUGUAAGUUAAACAUUUUAUCUUUAACUUGGAAUGUUCCCAGUGAUUACAUUUAACAGGGUGUUUCCCACCUUGUUGACAAAUGACAAAAAAAAAAAAAAUAUCAUGAAAAUAUUUGCUGCCAAGAUGGUGCCCUUAGGGUAAAAUGAGGAAAGUCUCUGCAAGAAAAAUGAUCUAUUGUACUUCAUUUUCCUUUUUUUAGCCUAGGCCAGAACAUCAUUAUAAUUCUAAAUAUAAGAUCACAAGAUGGCUUUUUUUAGAUGAUAACUAAGUAAAAUAGCCAGAAGACAGUAUGUUAGAAACAGAUAGUUGUAAGUUUAUAAAAAUACAAAUAUAACUUAUAUUUUCAUUUCCCCUUUUGCCCUUUGUUUGUUUUUCCCCGGUAGAAAUGUCCUGUCCAAAUUUUUUCUUCUUUUCUCUUAAACUUUGGUUGCAUUUGGGCUUGUGUGUUAGCCUUGUGUGCUAAUAUUGCCAGUUUUAUUUUGUUUCCAUUCCUGCACUUUGUUACCUUGUUCAGUUUCUUGGGAAUUGCAGCAGACUCACUGGGCUACAUUUAGUACAGGAAGCACAUGUGAUGUUAAAGGGCACAGUCUAGUGAUACCAUCCUCCUUGUAGAGUAAAAACUACCUCUAGAUUGUGGUAAGCUUUUACUGUCCCUUCAGACAGGAGCCACAAGCACCCUCUGAUGCAAACUGUAAUUUGUACAGCAUUUUCGGUGUCUUUCUGGCUCCCUGGACCUCUGAAAGUUUUCAUGUAGACUUGUUAAGAAUCCUUUGUCAGGAGCAUUGUUUCCCAUCUUUGCUGAUUUGUCUUGUCACUCACCAUUUCCUGGAGACUGUGCCACUGUAAAUGCCACUCUGAACAUCUAUCUGCAAACUGCCCCCUCCUUGGUGUUUCAAGGGGGAGGCCAUCUGUAAAACGUGUGCUGGUUAAAUCGGUUGCUGCAGCUUUCUCUUAAUGCCAGCCUUCAUAACCACCCCAGGAUGCACUGUACUAGCUGUUGCAGCCAUUUCUCCUCGGAUAGGCUGCAGACAGUCUCCUCCCCCGCCUCACACCUUCAUUCUGCUUCAGUGGUCAAGGGCAGAGCUCACUGUGGCCUUACCUGUCUUUGCAGUAAACUGUUCUUGGCUUUCUCCAGACCUGCUUCUUCCUAGGCACCUCUCCUCAGUUGCCGUGGAAGCAGGACACAGGUGUGUUGAGAGCCUGAGCAGUCUCAGCGUCUGUGCUUUCCCAGGCCACAGCUCUCCUCUUCCUAGAUUUGGGAUUUAGUUAAGAAAUCAUUAAGUUAACCGAGAACAGACAAGAUGCUUUUGAAGAACAAACUAUUCCUUACCCAGCUUUGUAGCUUAAAGUAACUAUUCAAGUUCAUGGCUUUAUUAAAAUGAACUUUGACUUUUUUAAUGUUUAUAUCUUAUUUCGGUUCUCUUGUUUAUUUUAAUAAGAAUUGAAAUAACUAGACUAUAAGUCGCUUUCCUGUUUUCUUUCUUUCUUUUUUUUUUUUUUACGAAGUCCAAGAAUGUAACAAUAAUGGCAUCUUUCCUAUGGUUCUAUGCCAGAGUCCUACCACAGAAUAGAAUGAACUGAUAUGUCUGUUUACCAUGUUAUUGAUAGUCUUUUGUCAGCUGCUUUUAUUAAAAGUCCUUUUUGUGGAUUUGUAAAUCAUUUUCAAUACAUGACGUAUAGGAAUCCUGUCCCCCAUUUACUCAGAAUGUUUCCUCCCAGAAGAUGCUGGGCGUUUACUCUCAUGAAGACUUCUUAGAACUGAUUUCUUCAGUUGCAAUGAGUGAGUUUGUGUUUCCAUUCCUUUUAGAAUGAGUCUGCACAACUUCUCAAAACAUGCCUAGAUAUAGAACCUGAGCCCCAGAAUGGUUUUUAGCCCCUUAAAUUUGUCAAGAGAUUGGACGGCAGGCCAAAAACUGAAAAUGUGGGAUGCCCUUUACGUGAUUGCAGAGCCGAACACUAGUGGGGUUUUGAACUCACUGCUGGCUGCUCUUAAACUGUGGCAACUUCCUCAUGUACAAUGGACUAAUCUGUCACUCUUACUGCCAUCAUCGUUUACGGUUUCGUAUCUUAAUUUUUAGUGUGGUGCUGAGGCUGAAUCCAGGGUCUCAAGCAUAUCUGAUAAGGCUUUUUGCUUGUUUUUUCAUGAGAAAAGGGUCUCAUCCAUGAAGCCCCUCUUGAGCUUUGGGAUGCCAGAUAUGGCGGUAUGCCAUCACUCCUUUUGUUUUUUAGAGAAACUGGUCUAUCUGUCCAACCACAGAGAAAUUCCAGUGUGAUUUUUAUUAACCCAACUAGUUAUUUAAUUAGAAAAUCUGUUGGUGGGGGCAUUCCUAUUUGAAAGAAAAUGCUAUUUGAUUAUUAACCAAGUUAAUGGACAUUGUUUUCCAAAGCAGCUGUGUUUCUGGUGAGUAAUGAACAAACGUGUUAUUUUCUGUGUCACUUGAUUUAUUUUUCAAGCACUGUAACUUGGGAUGGAUGGUUAGAAACAAUAAUAUAUUAGGGUUUCUACUUAACCCUUUCAGGACUGAGCUGUAUCACCUAUUAAUUUCUCCCUGUGUCGUGAUAAAUGUUUGCCAGCAUUCAGUACUGUGUCGGUCCCAAUGUAGGUUUAUGUAAAAGCUCAGUUAGCUUAUUCCUUGUACCUUACAGCAUGCCCUACACAUUCAGUCCUCAAGGGGUUACUUUACAAACUGUGCGCCUGUAAGGGUUAUUAGCAAUAAGAUAGAAAAUUGAGCAAGUUUAUACCAUAAUUUUGUAGAAAAAAGAAUCUGCUCAAUUCCAUAUUUCAUCCAUGAAAAAUCUGCAAUACGGGCAGUUUCUAGGAAUAAAUAAAAAGGAAAUGUAAACCAUUGUAAAUGUCUUCUGUGGGAUGUGCCUGAUGCAUGUAUUAUCGUCUUUGAUUUCAGAAUUCUUUAUAAAGAUAAAAUUAAAUUCCAUAUUACAGUUUGUGGACUUAAAAAUCUUACCUUGUCUUUUAGAUGACUUUGAAAUAGUAAUUAUGCUAAAUUAGUUUCCUUUUCAGUGUUUUUAAAAUGAUUUUCUUUUCUUCCUUGUGUUUGGGAGUUACUACUCAAGGGGCACAUCUCCCAAGCCAACCCUAACAAAACUGGAGACUGCUUUUUAGCAGUGGCUUGCUUUUCUAGCACAGAGUUGUCAUUUUGUAUAGAAUACCAAAGAAACAUUAAUGACAGUUUAUUUAUGCCUUUAGAAGGCUCCCCCAAAUAGGGCCGAGCAUACUUCAUGUAUAAUUGAGACAGAUAUAAAGGGAAUAAAAUCACACCAUUUCUGAUCUCAGGUUUAGUGCUUCACUGACCUGACCUUCAAAAAAGGAGCUGUAAGAACUUUGAUAGGAAGAAAUGAUUUCCUAUCUUAAGAAACGAUUUAGUUGAAAUUUGCAUUGUGGCAUCUAUAAAGAUUGAGACUGUCAGUGGGCUGUUUGAUAUAUAAUUUAGAAUAACAAGUUUGUAGUCUGUAUUGUAUUGUAUGUGAUCUUUUCCUGAGCAGUGUUAAAAACAUUUGAUUGAA